AUGGCUGGUCCAGCAGACAAUCCACCUGGCUCUUUACCGACAGCCCUAGGCCCCAGCCCACCCAGACGUUGGGUCCAUGGCCUGUCCAGCAGACAGUCACCUGCUCUAUACCGACAGGCCCUAGGGCCCCGGCCCACCCAGAACGUUGGUCAAAGGCCUGGUCCAGCAGACAGUCCUCCUGGCUCUAUACCGACAGGCCCUAGGGCCCGGCCCACCCAGAACGUUGCAACAUUCCACCUGAGCUCUAUACCCGACAGCCCUAGGCCCAGCCCACCCAGAAGCGUUGUGUUCCAUGGCCGGUCCAGGCAGACAGCCACCUGGCGUAUACCGACAGGCCCUAGGGCCCGGCCCACUCAAACUUGUGUCCUUGCCUGGUCCACCGGACAGUCCACCUGGCUCUAUACCACAGGCCCUAGGCCCCAGCCCACCCAAGAACAUUGGGUCCAUGCCUGGUCCAGCAGACAUCCACCUGCUCUUUACCGACAGGCCCUAGGGCCCCAGCCCACCCAAAACAUUGGGGUCCAUGCCUGGUCCACAGACAAUCCACCUGGCUCUUUACCGACAGGCCCUAGCCCCAGCCCACCCAGAACACAGUCCACCUGGCUCUAUACCGACAGCCCUAGGCCCCGGCCCACUCAGAACGUUGGUGUCCUUGGCCCUGUCCAGCAGACAGUCCACCGGCUCUAUACCGACAGGCCUAGGCCCCAGCCCACCCAGAACAUUGGGUUCAUGGCCUGUCCAGCAGACAGUCCAUCCUGGCUCUUUACCGACAGGCCCUAG